UUUUUUUUUUAAUUUAAACUGGCGAAAAUUUACUUACUGAAUUGUUAAUUUUUAAAUGAGACACUUCUCAUUUCUCGGCAUCAGUUUCACUGUGAAUGUAGCACGCAUGCAUUUUAAUAGAUUUUAUAGAGCUUUAAAUGGACUGCUUUUCAUCAAGUUCCCCCAAAGUGCUCUGUCAAAACAUUAAUGGAUGAGACUGACUUCUAGUUAGAUUCUCAACAGUUGCACGCCGACAGAAAAACAGGAAAAUGCAAUACAUCUCAGGAAAUCUGUAAAGAUAUAGGCAGUAACAGAGCAUGCACCAAUAUUAGCCUCAUUACCCCAAAAUAAAAAGCAAACCCGCACAGGGUUUUGAAAAUUGAGAAAAAUAAAAAGCUGGAAAUAGAAAUGGUCAGAACCCUUAUCAGUAGAGCAAACUGCAUACAAACGAAUUUCAUUUCUAAAAGGGGAGGGGUGUGGGGUCAGGGGGGUGGAAUUGAAUGUCCAUCCAGAGUUUUCCACAGAAUCCUCCAGCAGAAACACACAGGACUGUGUGAUCAUUUCCACAUUGACAUUUGCCUUUUAUUUAAACGUGUCUAUAAUGUGUACAUACUGUGUAUAUUUACACACACACACAUACAUACAUACAUAUAUACACACACAUACUGAGGCAGACAAAAACACCUUCAGCUUUGUGAUCAAUGAGUGCAUGUCUGAUAUCAGAUUUCCAGAGCAAGGGAAGGGAAAAAGCCUGCAUUCCCUGUCAUGUGAUGAGUGCUUUCUGAACACAGAACAGAGGCGGGGGGGGGGGGGCGUUGAAAUGCAACACCAUUCAAGAGAACUGAAAUUUAACCUACAAGCUACAAUUCUCUGCUUUUUGGGCAAGUCCUUGUCUCGUGAUCCUCUCAGCAGUGGUGCACCAGAGUAAAGGCAGGCAUCUUAAAUCAACAGUAAUGAGAUGUUUAUUGACAAGGUGGACCAAGAUGAACUGCUCGUUUUGCUCCAAGACUGAGAGCUUUUAUUUACAGUGCUGCAGACAAAGAGGGUAAACCCAAACACCACACAGUUUAUUUGUCCGUCUCCACAUACCACGCUAGUCACUUCCUUUUAUUUAUCCCAGUCUCAUUAUGGGUUCAUCCACCCCACGGUUAUGUUAUUCACUUUCAUUUCAUUUUACCAGUUCCCCAGCUGGGACCACACCGAACAUUUCACUGCUUGAGUGAAGUGGGUCCCUAAAACCAUGGUGUAAAAUCAACCAGUCCAGAAAUAAGCUUUUAAAGCCAUCAUCUCCAAAACCAAUUUUUAAACUAUGUUAAACCCAAUGUUUAAACUAAAAAAGAAAAAAAUGUUACAUAUAAGGCGACAGACUGGUCAUUAAUGUGUAAAACCCCAAAGCCUUGGCAAGGAAGUGCUGCAGGAGGAGUGGUUGGUCCUGCACAACUAUGGGUCUAUAUGUGCAGUGGUCUACAGACUGGGACCAGUGUGUGGGCUAUAUGUGGAACUACUGCUGGACUUUUAAAUGACAUGGAUACUAAGGGACUGGUUUCUUUGCCAACUGGCAAAGAUAUCUUUCCAUUUGAGGAAAAAAAAGUUCAGCUAUACCCAAAUAUAUGCUUCAUACUCCUACAACAAUUACUUAAAAGGUUACCACAUGGAGGAACUUCCCAUUCUUUAAAAGAUUAUGCACUGUAGUGUUCUUUACAUUACGAAUAAAGUUCAUAUUUUACAAUACAAUAUGUACCAUAUACUGUAGUUUUCCUGAUUUAGACUAUUUGGAGCAAUGUUUUAUGUACAGAAUUACUACAGAAGGAAGAACUGGUUUUGCUGCCACUGGUUGCUUGGCGAUUACAAUUUGGGAUUGCUGAGUAGCAAGUUCCACAUGUACUAUGUUCUGUGAUGUCACGCUCUAUGACAUUCGGGCCAUUACUUUUGUAGUGUGACAAAAGAAAGGAAGCUUCCUCGCCAAUUAUUUUCGGGUUGCAGUGCUUACUGAACAACGGUCAACAGCCGGUAUAUUUCCACCGCAUUUCAACAGUGUCACGUGUCAUUACGAUCGCAGAUUAAUCUGUUAAGUACCAAGUAAAAACUAAUUUCUCUGAGAAUUGCUCCAUUGUAUUUUUUUGCUAUACCAUCAAGCAUACGAGGGGCGCUGCAGGAAAGGUGAAAACAAGGUAGGCGUAUAAAUGGCGUUUGUUAAUAAAAUAAGCGUAUGUUAAUAAAAAACGCUGAAGAAAUGAAAAACAUGUAAGCGUUGUCGUGUGCUUUUUGUUGUACCAAAUCCAUUCUGAUGCUGAUCUCUCGCUUAACAGUAUAUCGCGCCGGCAAAACCACCAGGAGCAGUACAAUUUAGAAGCGGUAACAUUUUACAAAACGGGGCGAAAUUCAACGACAUGACUGAUUUGAAGAGGAUUUUGUCUUUUUUAACACAACCGACGACCUGUAGUACUACCAGUCACCUGCGAUUAGUGCUAAUGUAACUAUUUGUAACAUUGUUUACGCGAUUGCUCUUCUAGAUGUUAUUCUGACAGCAUGUUUUUUGCAAUACCGCUAGUCGAACAUUUGUAAAAGCACUAAAACUGGACAGGGAGGAAGGAAGCCAGAGCAAUAAAGGCGAAAAUAUAAUCUUAGAACUUUUCAGACACAUUAGCUUAGAAUUUGGAAUGUUAAGGGACAUUUCAUGUAUGUAAGUUUAACCGAGCAACUUUUCGUUUUGAACACAAGUACAGCAGCACUCUAUUCGGUGCAGCGAUGAAUUACUGACGUCACGCAAAUAAACAAAUGGUACUCCGGGUGGCAGCCGGCAUUUAAAAAUAAAAAUCUACUGUCUUUUAAGGAAGGGCCGGUGAAACUAAAAGACAGAAGAGGGCAAAAAAGGGAAGGCGCCAGAGCAUUGAAGGAGAAGCUAUUCCAGGACUGAAGGAUAUAUAACACUUACAGCAGUGGGACAGCCUUUCACAGAAUCAUCAGAAAACCCAGCCAUCACCAAGUUUGACGACUGAGACAUCAGGGCAGAAUUCUUCUAAGAUGGCAAAGAAAUGUGACAAAGCUGCUGAAGACACACUAGAACAAGCGAGAAGUCAGAGCAGCGAUGGGGAUGUGGAGCUCAGACUGAUCAUCGUGAUGCAGGACUGUGCGGACCAGCUAGCUGUGCUGGGACACAUUAUGUCCAGCACGUACAAGGGGCGUCCCGACGCGGAGCAGGUGGAACCGGACGAGGAAGAGGAGAUGUUCCAGUUCGAGAAAGACCCGCUGGAGAUAGCGGACACGGGGGAGAACCCGUUCAACCGCAUGUCUCCGAGGGAGCUGCGCCGCGCCCUGGAGAACAAGCCCGUGUCGCCCGACAACCUGGACGAGGUGCAGCACGACAGGCACUUCCUGGCUCAGGUGAUCACCGAUGUGCUGGAGGAGCUGCAGACGGCAGGGACCUUCGACAGCCUGCUGCUGGCCGUUGAGAAGGAGAAGACCAAGAAGGCCCACCAGCUGGACAUCAUCAAAGACGAGGAAGAGGGGCGACGGAGACAAAAGGCCCUGCAGCGGCAGCUGGCAAACAUUCGCAAGGAGAAAGCCAGGGAGCUGCACCGUCGGGAGGACAUCAUAGCCCAUCUGAAGGACCAGCUGCAGGAGAUGAAGGUCAAGGCCGGCCUGGAGAGGGACUACAUGGCCAGCACCUCCCAGCUGCAGGUGGACCAGGGGCAGGAGCACAACGCCCACAAGGAGAAGGAGAUGGAGGAGGAGGUCAGGCGACUGGAGGAGAAGAUUGAGGAGGAGAAGGCCGUUCACGAGGAGCUGGUGAACUUCCUCAAGCAGCAGGCGGCGCUGCUGGAGGAGAAGCUGGAGGUGUGGAUGGACUGUUAUGAGCGGGACAUCGAGGAAAAGCAGAAGGAAAUCGAUAUGCUAAAGGAAAAAAGGGCAGCGAACAUGGAAGAGAUGCAGGAGCUACAAAAAAAGGUGGAACAGGACACCUUAUUCGAGGAGCUGGAGGGGUUAUAGAAUGUGACACGGGCGAUGCUCUUACUCGAGCCUGGAGACUACUGACUGUUGACAGUUAAAAACAGAUGGAGAGGUGUAAUCGAGUGGAUUUGAACUGGCAAACUAAAUGUCUCAAUUAAUCGCAACAUAUGAAACAAUGCAAUUCACAGAUCUCAGAGGAAGAUAACCAAAUGUAGCAACAACAAGUCUGGAAUGGAAACAGACUGCAGUGUGGUGCUCUACGGGCAACCUGUUUGAGUCACACAUUGAUGUACCAGAGAGCUACGUGAGCAAUAAAAUUUUGUCCAUAAACUACAUGUCUAAUUGAGGAACAUGUUUAAUGUGCAUCAGAAAAAUAAGUGAGCCGAUUCAGACUAGGUAACAGUGGCAAAAAUCAUCUGAAGGGUACACCACCCCUUUUUGAUCUUUUUUUACUGUUUUACAUUGGAUAACUAAAUUUAGUUCCUUUGAAACACCUAUGUAGGAGUAUGAAUGGCACUUUGACAAAGACUGGAUCACACAAUUACACACAUCUAGAAGCUAUGGUAGGCACUUAACCCCUUGUGCCCUGUGUAUAAUUAGACAUUUGGCUUUGAACCCCAUAUCUGGAAUACCACAUUUACACUAAUAUGGCAAACCAUAUAAGACAAUUUACCUUAAAACUUACCAAAAAAAAAAAAAAAAACAAGUUUGGUACCCAUCGAAAAAAGCCUAGCUUAGGCCACUUUAAUAGUAAGAUUCCCAACAAACUGAUUAAGAAAAAUAAAAACAAAAGAAAUAAACCGCAG